AUGUACCGCACACCAAUCGACUCCAAUACCCCCUUCUCUGGAAAAGCCCAGGAUGGUGGCAUGGUCAACGUCUUCCUCUACGGCGCGUCCAGCACCGUCAUGGACUUCAUUUUGCUCGGCCGCAACUCUAACGUACAGACCGUGCUCAGGAUUCCAGCCAAGAACAAGUUCACAGAUAUCGUCGGGCGUUUCGACAAGUCCGAAGAUCCAAUGGCAGCGCUCGUGAGACGGAUGGAUGAAAUCACAGAUGCAAAGAUAGUUCGGGAGGCGGAGGUGUACCGGAUGACGCUGGUUGGUUGUGAGUGA